UACGGGCGCUCGAGCAGUCCGUGUCGUGCGUCCGUUUCGUUACAACGUCCAUCCGUUUCCGUCCUCCGCGUCCAUCAUCGUUCAUUUAUUUAGUUCAUAAUAAUUGUCCGUUGGGUGCCGAGCGAUACAAUCGAAGGGGACAUUGCCGACGGCGGAGAACAAAUUUGAUGAUAACUGUGAGAUCCGCGGAACACGUGAUAAACGGCCGGAACGUGCAGUCAAGCGUGUCGACGCGUCAGGAUCGCCGUAGUUGAUGCUGCUGCAGCCGCUGUCGGAUAGAGAAAGAAAAAACAUCAAAGAAGAGUUACAGUUAUUUUAGUAUCAAAUAUGAUCAGCAUGUAAACAUUAAACUACGAUUAAUUGGAAAAUCAGCAAAACUUAGAGUAUUUCACUAGUACAACAAUUGAUGACCUUAGAUUGCUGCUGUCAAUAUACAAUGGGUAAAUUACUCAGUCUGUUAGCUCGAGAUGAGAAUAGUUGCUGUUCUUCUCAGCAGAAAUAUGACAUAUUUUUAGAUUUUGAAAAUGCUCAACCUACCGAAAGUGAAAUGCAACUAUUUGAUGAGGUACAAAUUGUGCUUACUGAAGCUUCAGACGUGCUUUCCGAGCUUAAACGUUAUUCGGGUGCUGACCAAUACAUAAAAGCAGCGAUUAAUAACCCUUGUGCUGAACAGAAUGCAUUAACUUGGGAAAAGCUGAUGCCUAAAAUACGCACAUUAAGGCGGUUCUAUUUUUUCUCCCAAAAAAUAGCAUUUGUUGUACCUCAAAUUUUAACUGAAAUUUGUUCAGAUGACAUCACUCCUUCAGUACAUCUAGAAAAUCAACAAGCUCUAGUUAAACAAUUCUCGGAAAUUAUUGAGUUUGUCUUGAAGUUCGAUGAGUACAAGAUGCGAAUUCCAGCGAUUCAAAACGAUUUUAGUUAUUAUAGACGAGUGCUGAUGCGCGAAGGUAUGUCGGCAUAUUCGUUUACUGAUCAAGACGAAGAUUCAAACAGUAAUUUGAACAUUGCCAAUAAAGUGUCAUUGUUCUACGCAGAAGCAACGCCAAUGUUAAGAACACUAUCAAACGUUACUUCACAAUUCUUGAAUAAAGAUAAACGCCUUGUAGACUACGCUAUCGAAAUGUUAAGUACCAUGGUCAAGGUAUGCAUACGUAUGUUGGAAGCGCCGACUGUUCAAUUUAGAAAACAAGAAACACAUCUUUUCGUUUUACGCGUAUUAGUCGGUCUCAUUAUCCUGUUCGACCACGUGCACCCUAAUGGUGCUUUUGUCAAGACUUCCAACAUAGACAUUAAAGGUUGUAUACGAUUGCUCAAAGAUCAGCCGGAAGAGUUUCAAACUGAAAACCUGUUGAACGCAUUGAGGUACACAACAGCCCAUUUAAACGACCCGUCUACGUCGAAAACGGUUAGAGCCCUGCUCAUGGAGACGUAAAUUUAUUCUACCUAUGAUCUGUUUUAUAUUUUAUUUUAUUUAAUAAUAGUAUUAUAUUUAUAUUUA